AUGCCAGCGCAUCGAAGCAUUAAAAUUGCGGCAUCAUACAAUGGAUUUCGAGCUGGCAGGGAGGACACCUUGCGGGAGACGUUGAUGCGUCACCUAGGGACCACGAAACCAAAAGACAUUGUCAUCGAAGGCAUCAUUGAUGAUCAGCGCGUCUCGACACGUCGACCAAAUCUAAAGGUUAUCGUGGCCGUGAGAGUGGCACACCACGUUCGGAUGCUUCUUGAGGCUUCGAAUUCAAAGCAGUUGGUGGAACCGAUAUCCCGCACCGACACCUAA